UUUUCCCUCUCGUCAUUUCUACAGAUCAAUAUUACAGAAGAUGGAGUUGCAGCAAAUUUCUCCCGCAGCUUUGGGAAGUCUGGAUAUUACCUCUGUUACAGCAAGGACUUGGCAGGCGGCAUGGUGGUGACGGACAUUCAGAUCAUCACAGAAAGAGAGUCAAUUCCUCAUGGCUACUGCUACAUAGCAGAGCACCUUGAUUCAAAGGCUUCCGUCUCAAAGAAAAAGCGUGUGUGUGUACGCCUGACCCCAGUGGGCAGUGUGGACAUGGCUUUGCUGGACAUCAAACUGACGGCCAAAAGCAAAAUGCUGCUGCAACACUACACAUACGUGGGGUUGGUAACAAUCUCUGUCAUCUAUCUGACCUCCAAAAGCCUUCGUUCACAUGGAAACCAUAUUCUCAGUAGGAAAGAAUCGAUACAGUGAAAUAUCACAAUAGGUCCGUUGGUGAUACUUGUAUCACUAUUAACUGCUGACAAGACGAUAUUUAAUUAAUUAUUUACAAGCAAACAUGUAGUUCAGCUAUUUUACUUUUUUUUUCUUUACAUUUGACCUCUUUUAAAACUCUGUUGAUGCUGGUGUUCUAACAAUCCAACAAUAUAGCUACUUAAACGUCCUACCUUAUCAGAUAAUCCUACCUAUGCGAAUGUAAACGCAGCAGCAUAGGAAAGAGUCACAGGUUAAAAUGAGCAUGUAGUGUGUUGUCGUGCAGAUGGAGAGUGUUGGAAUCGUGUGUGGUGUCGUUAAUGAGCUGUAAGAUAAUCCAGAAGAUCUGCAGCAGAUCCGUCUCUGCGGUGCCUUUUUCGACCGAACGACACAAGUGCGGCGUGGAACGAGAAUUUGUGUCGGAAUUGAACCGCUCAUCCGAGGCUUAAUUCACAUUCCACGCUGUGAACGCAGAUUUUGAAACGUUCACGCACAGACAGAGAGGCACUAUGUCAGCAAUUCAGUUCAGUUUUAUUCCUAUGCCCAACAUCACAAAACAAUGGCCUCAUUGAGCUUCAUGCUGGUAAUUGUACGGAAGCAGAAGGUCGGUCAUACGACUAGGGCUGUGGAUCGUUGCUUAGGUGGUGAUCCGAUUCGAUUCACGAAUCAAGCUCAACGAUUCACGAAUCGAUCCACGAUUCUUACUUUUUAAUAUAAUCUUUAUUGCCAUGUGUAUGUAUAUUUACUGGAUGGAUGAAAAUUAAAAUUAUUUUUAUUUAAUCAUCAUUUAUACCUUUAGUUAGAA